UUCAUGAACAAUUCAGCAGCAAGCACCGUGACGGAGUUUAUCCUCCUUGGCUUCCCUGGUUGUCAAGAGUUACAGUAUUUCCUCUUUUCACUGUUCUUUGGAAUCUAUAUAUUUAGCAUGGUGGGAAAUGGGACCAUUGUUUGCGCUGUGAGGUGGGACGAAAGGCUCCAUACUCCAAUGUAUAUUCUCCGGGAAAUCUGGUACAUUACCUCCACUGUGCCCAGUAUGCUAAUCAAUUUCCUCUCAGAAACAAAAACCAUCUCUUUUGUUGGCUGUUUCCUCCAGUUAUGUUUUUUUACUUCCCUUGGUACAACUGAGGCAUAUUUGCUCUGUAUCAUGGCAUACGAUCAGUAUCUUGCUAUCUGCUGCCCACUGCACUACCCAACCGUCAUGACCCAACAACUCUGCUCUGUUUUGUUGUCUCUUUGCUGGGUAUUUGGGUUCGUUAGUUAUUCUGUCCCCACCGUGCAGCUCUCUCAGUUGCCUUUCUGUGGGCCCAAUACCAUCGAUCACUUUGUGUGUGACAUGGACCCACUGAUGGCUCUGUCCUGUGUCCCAGCUCCUGUCACUGAGAUUGUCUUCCAUGUCCCGAGCUCCCUCAUUAUCAUGCUAACCCUUCUGUGCAUCCUCGGCUCCUAUACCCUUUUAUUGAUUACUGUGUUUAAAGUCCCUUCAGCAGCAGGCCGACAGAAGGCCUUUUCUACUUGCAGAUCACAUCUGACAGUGGUGUGCUUAUUCUUUGCGGCUCUUUUGGCAAUGUAUGUGAGCCCUACAGCUGAUAACCCAGCUGAAAUUCAGAAGAUUAUAACUUUUUUCUAUUCCCUGGUGACUUCCUUCUUAAACCCCCUGAUUUACAGCUUAAGAAACAAGGGGAUGAAGGCUGCACUGAAGAAAGUCCUGAAAAUAGAAUGA